CUAAUAAAGAAAAUAGUACAAUUCUAAUAUGGCAAGAAGAGAGUGUCAAUCCAACAAUGAUCAUUUCCGGUAAUUUUACAAAACCCAAUUCUCUCUUCGUGACAUCAAAUGGCGAUAUUUAUAUUGAUGAUGGUGCUAAGAAUGGUCGAGUGCAUAAAUGGAUAGUAGAAACAAACAACUUUGUUACAGUGAUGAAUGUCAACUCAUCAUGUUAUGGUUUGUUUGUCGAUAUCACUGAUACUCUUUACUGUUCAAUGUACUAUCAUCAUCAAGUAGUAAAAAGAUCAUUAAAUGAUUCUGUGAUGAGUUCAAAUCGUGUUGCUGCUGGAACAGGUAUAUGGGGAUCAGAUUCGAAUCAAUUCGAUCGUCCACAUGGAAUUUUUGUUGACGUAAAUUUGGAUUUAUAUGUGGCAGAUUUCCUAAAUCAUCGAGUUCAGUUGUUCCAGUCAGGAAAAUCAAAUGGUAUCACAGUAGCUGGAAGUGAAUCACUAAAUCUAACAAUUACACUUCGUAAUCCAACUGGAAUUAUAUUAGAUGCGGAGAAAUAUUUGUUCAUUGUGGAUUAUGGAAAUGAUCGCAUUGUUGGUUCAGGUUUGAGUGGUUUUCGAUGUUUGAUUGGAUGUUAUGGAGAAGGUUCCCAAAACAAUCAAUUGAGUGGUCCAUGUAGUUUUAGUUUUGAUCAUUCUGGAAACAUGUUUGUUAUUGAUUCAUCAAAUCAUCGGAUUCAAAACUUUUUAUUGAUGAAAGAUUCUUUUGUUGUUUCAUUCAAUCAACCAAAGUUUUGUUCAACUGCCGCUUGGAAUUUCAAUGCAACUACCACUGCUGAUGAAUCGAUUGUUGGUCAAUUUCCUCUUGCCAU